AAUUUACAUCCCUUCGUUCGUUUCCCCCCACUACACCCAAAGACCCUCACGAAGCCAUCGUGUUGACGAUAAUAAUAAACUCAUAGUCACAACAACAAAACCCUCUUUCUCUCUCUAGAAAAAACGGGUUUUCUCUCUCUUCCCAAAAAAAAAAAAAAAAAGAAGGAAAACAAAAAACACACACAAAAAUGGAGUCUUCUUUGGCUUUCAUGGAUGACCUUCUCGAUUUCUCUUCGGAUAUAGGCGAGGAAGAUGAAGAAGACGACGCCGUUCCACCCUUUUCCGUUAAGAGCAAAUCUUCUUCUACCACGGCGCCGGACUCGUCCGACUUGAACGCCGCUGCUAUGCACCCUGAUGAUUCUUCUUCUUGCCGUGUUUUGCCUGAGGAGGAUUAUGCGGAGGAAGAACUCGAGUGGUUAUCAAACGAAGAUGCAUUUCCGGCCGUCGAGACAUUUGUCGACAUUCUCUCCGACCAUCACCACCACCACGCGCCGCAGCCUCCGCCGUUAACGAGCGUUUCGAAACAGAACAGUCCUGUUUCGGUUCUAGAAAGCACUUCAAUCAGUAGCCAUGGUGAAACCAUCAACGGUGGUAAUAAAACGAGUGUUCAUGGUAGUAGCAUUCUGAUGAGUUGUUGUGGCGGUCUGAAAGUUCCCGGCAAAGCCCGAAGCAAGCGCCGCCGUGGACGGCAUAUUUCUGGUCACCAUCUCUGGUUCAAGCAGCAACCCAGUUCGAAGAAUCUAAAACAAGUGGUACCAACCACCGAGACAGCGGCGGCGGUCGCGGCGACUACGGGGGCGGCGGGGAUUGGGAGAAAAUGCUUACAUUGUGGAGCAGAGAAAACGCCGCAAUGGCGAGCCGGUCCAUUUGGGCCGAAAACGUUGUGUAACGCUUGUGGAGUGAGAUUCAAAUCAGGGAGGUUAGUGCCGGAGUACCGGCCGGCGAGUAGUCCGACGUUCUCGGCGGAUCUGCACUCGAAUUCUCACCGGAAAGUGAUGGAAAUGAGAAGACAAAAGCAGUUGGGUAUGGUGGUGAAUCCAAUGGAUAAAGGGUGAGUUUGAAUUAUGGGGGUAUUUUUUGGUUGAGUUUGAUGAGCCAUUGAUUUCCUUCUUUUUCAUCCGCCAUUAAUCUUCUUCUUCUUCUUUCUUCUUUUUAGUUUAGUUUUUUAGGUAUUUGUUUGUUAUGUGGGAUAGAGAUUUAAAAUUAGUGGAAAUUUUCUGUUUGAUGCCAAAAAUUCAGUAGGAGAAUUUUGUCAUUUUAGUGUGUUUGAUUGUAUUACACUUUCUUUUUAUUUUUUUGGCCUCUUCAAGUUAUGCAUAUAUAUAGAAAUUAGGGUUUUUGUUCAUAA